AUGACAUCAACUACUACUCUUUCAAAGAUAGCCAUCCGUAAAGCCAAAGUGUCUUCCACCGCCAAAUGUGCCGCUGAAGUGACCUCUGCCUCCGAUGAAGCUAUUUCUGUCCAAGCCAAACCAAAAAAGACCCUUCAUCCCACUGAAGACGAUGAUUAA